GACUUGCCCCCCUCUCUUCUCUCCUCUCCUCUCCUCUUGCCUCCUCCGCAGUGCACUUGCAGCUUCGCAGCACUCCGGACAGGACGGUCUCCUCCUCCUCCUCUUCUUCAUCCUCUCUUCUUCAGUGCGUAUAGUGGUGUUGGAGGUGUUGAGGGGUGCACCAGACAGCCGCAUCUGACUCCGGUCCCGAGGUCCCGGAUCGGUACUCGUGAUGGUGAUGGUGAUGGUGAUGGUGCGGACUCAUUGAUAAAAAGCUGCUGCCUGCCUCUGGAAUUAAAAUGAGCAGUUUCUCCUCCUCCACAUAGCGCUGCCUCCUCUCUGCUCUACACCGGCUUCUGUGUGACUCCAGCAGGCGACGCAGGAUGACUACUACCUUAUCACUGCUCAUUCUGUGCGCUUUGGUGGCGUUAGCGCUGGCGUCUAAGACGGAGCGGUCGGUGCGGCUCCCCUGUGACUCCGGCACGUACACCACCAGUGGAGAAUGCUGCCAGGAGUGUCCACCAGGAGAGGGAGUGGUGAAGAAAUGCGGCGCCACGCAGACUCAGUGCGCCCAGUGUUUGGACAGUGAGACCUACUCAGAGAACUACAGUCACACAGAGCAGUGCCGGCCAUGCACCGAGUGCGUCGGCCUGAUGCGGAUGGAGACGCCAUGCACCGACUCCAACAACGCCAUCUGCGUCUGCAACUACAAUUUUUUCUUCGACGGGAUAUCCGGUCAGUGCGUGCCGUGUACGGUGUGCCCGACGGGCCAGGGCGUGUUCGCGCACUGCGAACACGAACACGACACGGUGUGCGAGGAGUGCGUGGACGAUACCUACUCUGACCGGGAGAGCUCCCUCGACCCCUGCCUGCCCUGCACCAUCUGUGACGAGGACAGUGAGAUACAGCUGGCUGUGUGCACACCAGAAAGUGACUCUAUCUGUCAUAAUCCUCUCCUCCCAACAUAUUUUGCUCCCACCUCCGACAUGGACCUGUCUCCUCCCUCCUUCACCAAUUACUUCCUCCCUGAUGGCUCCGAGAGCCCGUUGCCAGGAGAGACGACCACAUCUAGCGCCGGCUCUCCGCGCUUCCUCGGCCACGGGCUCAACGAAAACCUCAUCCCCAUCUACUGCUCCAUCCUGGCCGCCGUGGUGGUUGGCCUCGUGGCUUACAUCAUUUUUAAGAGGUGGAAUAGCUGCAAGCAGAAUAAGCAGGCAGCUAAUAACCGCGCGGCUACAAAUAACCAGAUGGUGACGCCGGAGGGAGAGAAGCUGCACAGCGACAGCGGCAUCUCGGUGGACAGUCAGAGUCUGCAGGAGCAGCAGCAGCAGCAGCAGCAGCAGCAGGCCCAGGCUGAAGUCCAGGCUCAGCCUUCACACUCACGCACACAGGAACAGAUAGUGGUGAGGGUGGAUGGCGGCCCCCAGCCUGACACGCCUCCCCCUGAAGUCUGAGGAAGAGGAGGAGGAGCUGAAGACGGGGAGAGGAGAGUGGAGACUUGAACCGUGGACCAAAAAGAAAGCAGGGGGAGGGGAGGGGGAGCACAUGGGAAUGUAAAACUGACUCUGAUUCAUAUCUGAAGUGGCCACAGAGCAAAGACUUGACUUGUAUGGACCUCCCAGCACCUUUGGGCCACAGGCUGACUCUUCAUCCCUGCAUAUAGAGUCCAACUCUAUCAAUCAGUGUGUGCCUGGACACGACCUCUACGGCAAUAUCAACCGCGAUCUGUACCAACGUCACUGCAGAUGCAUAAUCAUAGAUAUACGCCAGAGCAUCUCGUAUUAACGGACUACUCCAGUAUCUAAUAUUGACAUAAUUCUCACUAACUGCCAACUUAAGUCUCCUCAGCCCCUUUAAGCUUCACAUGACCCCCUUAAUUCCACAAUCACUAGCCGUGAAACAUUAUGUGCCUGAAAGGUAAAUAGGCAGAAAGGUU